UUUGUACGCAGGGCAACAACCCUGCAAUGUUGAUCUAAAGGAGUCAUUCCCCACAUCUGCUUGCUUAGUUAACUUUGGCAGCUGUAAAGGUUUUGUAGGCAAAAUAAUGGGAAGGUAUUUUCUCUAAGUGCCACAAAUACGAUAACCUUAAUUUAGCAAAAGCGCGUGCAACACGAAGCCAAGCGGGGGAGUCAGUUGGCAAUUGAUAUCUUCACCCCCUUGCGCACCCUGAUGACUGGAGGGCUUUCAAAGUUGAUUUUAAGUUGAUGUUCGUCACCGUAACCCGUGCCAAGUGCAAUAAGCAGAGUCGCCGACACUUAGCCUCCCGUCUGCGGGGCUGACGAGGCGUGUUAAAUAUUUAGUCCUUGGGAACUUUUCAAUGCUGAAAGCAAACUACGGAGGACAUAAAAGGAAGGAGCACUUAAGAAGAUCCCAGAGCCCGAAGAAGAUGGGGGAUAGCGCUCUUUGUAAAUGCGGCCACGGGAAACGUUUGCUGGUGGUCUUUUGUAGUAGCCUACCAUUGGGAAAUGAAGCAAUACCAGAGCACCGUGCUACCUGUAUGGGAACCUGUGGGGGGAAGACAGACACAGAAAUAGAAGUUGAUCCAUCCAGUGUCCGGUUUCUGAAUGGUGCUGCUGUCCCUGCUGUCCUUUCUGAUUUUGAUAUGGUGCGUUUGGACCAAAAUGGCAGAGUCUCACCCGAUGAAGCAGAUCAGGUCAGAGAUGGAGCAACGAAGUCCAGAACCGCAAGCAGCCUCUGAAAACAAGGAGCAGCCGUCGAAAGCAUCAACGCGUGAACCGCAGGAGAGCUCAGUAACCCAGCCACCAUCUGCUGGGACCGCGCUGGGCUUGGAGGAGAUUGUCAUGGAAGCCCAUAAACAACCCGCAGAAAGGCCUUUACAGGACAAGCCUCCCAGUGUCCCUUCUCCCUCCGAUUCACCCGGCCCAGCAGUUCCAGCCACCAGUUCCACGAGGCCUUUAUCCCGCGGGUCUCUUCCUUCCUUAAACAAGCAGCUAAAGCCAGCGAGGUCCUUCUCCAGGGACGAGCAGGAGCAGUUGAUGGAGCCAAGACAGGCCCAGCUCAACAGACAAGCCAUGGCCAAGUUCGUGCUUGGAUCUUUCGAGGAUAACUCCUCCGAUGACGAGGUUGUCUCUGGCUCCUUCAAGGUCACGAGCAGAAGAGGCAGCAUGGUGAGCGGGGCCAGCUCCUCCUCUUUUGAGUCUUUCUCAGUGACUUCCCUCUUGGAGUCAGGAUCUUUCUCCACCGUCAUGAGGCCCAGCAUGUCAGGACUGUGCUUGAUCAAGAAAGGCCGGGAGCAGAAGAAGCUGGAUCUCCACCGGGACUUCACCGUUGCCUCGCCUGCUGAGUUUGUGACGCGCUUUGGAGGGAACCGUGUCAUUGAAAAGGUCCUGAUUGCAAACAAUGGCAUUGCUGCUGUCAAGUGCAUGCGCUCCAUCCGCCGGUGGGCCUACGAAAUGUUUCGGAAUGAGCGAGCGAUUAGGUUUGUUGUCAUGGUUACACCUGAAGACCUUAAGGCAAAUGCAGAGUACAUCAAAAUGGCUGAUCACUACGUGCCUGUCCCCGGGGGAGCCAACAACAACAACUACGCCAAUGUAGAACUCAUUGUGGACAUUGCCAAGAGAAUUCCAGUGCAGGCGGUGUGGGCUGGCUGGGGACAUGCUUCAGAGAAUCCUAAGCUUCCAGAGCUGCUGCAGAAAAAUGGGGUGGCUUUCCUCGGUCCUCCCAGUGAUGCCAUGUGGGCCUUGGGAGAUAAAGUGGCUUCCACCAUCAUAGCACAGACAGUUCAGAUCCCCACAUUACCGUGGAGUGGAAGCGGUCUGGUGGCAGAGUGGAGCAAGGAGGAUCACGAGCAGCAGAGGACCAUCAGCGUCCCCCUGGAGAUUUACGCACAGGGCUGCGUGAAGGACGUGGACGAUGGCCUGGAGGUGGCCAAGAGGAUCGGCUUCCCCGUGAUGAUAAAAGCAUCCGAAGGCGGCGGGGGCAAAGGGAUUCGCAAAGUAGAGACUGCGGAGGAGUUUGCCAGCCGCUUCAGACAAGUACAGGGCGAGGCCAUCGGGUCCCCCAUCUUCGUGAUGAAAUUAGCACAGCAUGCGCGACACCUGGAGGUCCAGGUCCUCGCCGAUCAGUACGGGAAUGCGGUUUCGUUGUUCGGCCGCGACUGCUCCAUCCAGCGCCGACAUCAGAAGAUCAUCGAAGAGGCUCCAGCCACAAUAGCUGCUCCUGCUGUGUUUGACUUCAUGGAGCAGUGUGCCGUGCGCCUCGCGAGGAUGGUGGGUUACGUGAGCACGGGGACAGUCGAGUACCUGUAUAGCGAGGACGGGAGCUUCCACUUCCUGGAGCUGAAUCCCCGCCUGCAGGUCGAGCACCCCUGCACAGAAAUGGUUGCAGAUGUGAACUUACCUGCUGCUCAGCUGCAGAUCGCAAUGGGUGUCCCCUUGCACCGCAUAAAGGACAUUCGAGUCCUGUACGGAGAGGCCCCGUGGGCUGACACACCCAUCUGCUUUGAGAAUCCAGUAAAUGCCCCAGCGCCAAGAGGCCACGUCAUCGCUGCCAGAAUCACCAGCGAAAACCCCGAGGAGGGUUUCAAGCCGAGCUCGGGGACGGUGCAGGAGCUGAAUUUCCGAAGCAACAAGAAUGUCUGGGGCUAUUUCAGCGUGGCAGCAGCCGGCGGCUUGCAUGAGUUUGCCGAUUCCCAGUUCGGGCACUGUUUCUCCUGGGGGGAGAACCGCGAGGAAGCCAUCUCGAACAUGGUUGUAGCAUUGAAAGAGCUGUCGAUCCGAGGGGAUUUCAGAACAACGGUCGAGUAUCUGAUCAAGCUGCUGGAGACCGAGAGCUUUCAGAACAACGAGAUUGAUACUGGCUGGUUGGACCACCUGAUCGCUGAGAAAGUGCAGGCUGAGAAGCCUGACACCAUGCUGGGUGUUGUCUGCGGUGCUCUGAACAUAGCCGAUGCCUUGUUCCGGACCUGCAUGACCGAAUUCUUGCAUUCACUUGAAAGGGGGCAGGUCCUGCCAGCAGAUUCCCUGCUUAACAUUGUAGACGUGGAGCUCAUUUCCGAAGGGGUGAAGUAUGCUCUCAAGGUUGCCCGUCAGUCUCCGACAACGUACAUCAUCAUAAUGAAUGACACUUACCUUGAGAUCGACGUGCACAGCUUGAACGAUGGUGGGCUGCUGCUGUCCUACAAUGGUAACAGUUACACUACGUACAUGAAGGAGGAAGCGGACCGAUACCGCAUCACCAUCAGUAAUAAAACAUGCGACUUCGAGAAGGAGAAAGAUCUGACUGUGCUGAGAUCACCCUCUGCUGGCAAACUGCUGCAGUACCUUGUGGAAGACGGAGGCCACAUCUGCAUAGGGCACAGUUUUGCAGAGAUUGAGGUGAUGAAAAUGAUAAUGCCCCUGACUGUAGAAGAAUCUGGUCAUAUACAUUAUAUAAAGCGGCCAGGAGCGUUGCUGGAGGCAGGCUGUGUCAUAGCCAGGCUUGAGUUAGAUGAUCCUACCAAAGUUCAUACAGCCCAGCUGUACAAAGGUGGCCUCCCAGCUCAGCAGACAUUGCCAGUCACUGGGGAGAAGCUGCACCAGGUCUUUCGUAACGUGCUGCAUAAGCUGAUCAACAUCAUGAACGGGUUCUGCUUGCCCGAGCCGUAUUUCAGCACCAAGGCAAAAGAAUGGGUGACCAAGUUGAUGAAGACCCUCCGGGACCCAUCCCUGCCCCUUCUGGAGCUGCAGGAGAUCAUGACAAGCGUCUCUGGGAGAAUCCCUCCGUCAGUGGAGAAAUCUGUGCGAAAAGUGAUGGCCCAGUAUGCCAGUAACAUCACCUCUGUGCUGUGCCAGUUUCCUAGUCAGCAGAUCGCUAGCGUCCUGGACAGCCACGCAGCCACUCUGCAGAGGAAGGCAGAUCGGGAAGUCUUCUUCAUGAACACCCAGAGCAUUGUGCAGUUAGUCCAGAGGUAUCGCAGUGGCAUUCGGGGCUACAUGAAGUCAGUCGUGCUGGACUUGCUGAAGAGAUACUUACAAGUGGAAACCCAGUUCCAGCAAGCUCACUGCGACAAAUGCGUGGUCAACCUGAGGGAGCAGUACAAGCCUGACAUGACCCCAGUGCUCAAGUGCAUCUUCGCACAUGCCCAGGUGGCAAAGAAAAACCUUCUUGUGACCAUGUUGAUUGAUCAGCUCUGUGGCCGAGAACCCACCCUGACUGACGAACUGGUGGCCAUUCUCAACGAGCUGACGCAGCUCAGUAAAACGGAGCACUCCAAAGUGGCUUUGAGAGCCAGACAGGUGCUGAUUGCAUCUCACCUCCCUUCGUACGAACUGAGACACAACCAGGUGGAGUCCAUCCUCCUCUCUGCCAUCGAUAUGUACGGCCACCAGUUCUGCCCUGAAAACCUCAAGAAACUGAUCCUCUCAGAAACCACCAUCUUCGAUGUGCUGCCCGUCUUCUUCUACCACACAAACGAAGUGGUGCGCAUGGCAGCACUGGAGGUGUAUGUGAGGCGAGGCUAUAUUGCUUAUGAGCUGAACAGCCUGCAGCAUCGCCAGCUGUCGGACGGCACCUGUGUGGUGGAGUUCCAGUUCAUGCUGCCAUCAUCCCAUCCAAACAGAGGCUGCAUCCCUACUUUGAGCAGGAUGUCUGUCCCUGUCAGCAUAUCAAACCCAGACUUAGCCCGGCAUAGCACUGAGCUCUUUAUGGACAGCGGGUUUUCUCCUCUGUGCCAGAGAAUGGGCGCCAUGGUGGCUUUCAACAGAUUUGAAGACUUCACCAGGAACUUCGAUGAAGUGAUCUCCUCCUUUGCUGACCCACCCUCCGAGAGCCCCUUGUUCAGCGAAGUGCAAGCCACACUCUACGACGAGGAGGACAACAAGAAUAUCCGAGAGGAGCCCAUCCACAUCCUGAACAUCGCGAUCCAGUGGGUAGAGCACCUCGAGGAUGAGAAGCUGGUGCCCAUCUUCAGAGCUUUUGCUCAGUCCAAGAAAAACAUCCUGGUUGACUGUGGCCUCCGGAGAAUUACGUUCUUGGUCGCACAGCAGAGAGAAUUCCCGAAGUUUUUUACAUUCAGAGCAAGAGACGAGUUUGCAGAAGACCGGAUUUAUCGGCACUUGGAACCAGCCCUGGCCUUCCAGUUGGAGCUGAGCCGCAUGCGUAACUUCGACCUGACCGCUAUCCCUUGCGCCAACCACAAGAUGCACCUCUACCUGGGGGCUUCCAAGGUGGCAGAGGGGGCAGAAGUGACUGACCACCGGUUCUUCAUACGAGCCAUCGUGCGCCACUCAGACCUUAUCACAAAGGAAGCCUCAUUCGAGUACCUGCAGAACGAGGGGGAACGGUUGCUUCUGGAAGCCAUGGAUGAGCUGGAGGUGGCCUUCAACAACACGAGCGUCCGCACAGAUUGUAACCACAUCUUCCUCAACUUUGUGCCAACUGUAGUCAUGGACCCCUCCAAGAUAGAGGAGUCAGUCCGCUCCAUGGUGAUGCGCUAUGGGAGCCGCUUGUGGAAACUGCGGGUCCUGCAGGCGGAAGUGAAGAUCAACAUCCGCCUGAUGCCGACAACCAAGGCGAUUCCUAUCCGCCUCUUCCUUGCCAACGAGUCUGGCUACUACUUGGAUAUUAGUCUCUACAAAGAAGUGAAGGACUCCAGCACAGAGAAUAUCAUGUUUCACUCCUACGGAGACAAACAGGGGCCACUGCACGGGAUGCUGAUCAACACGCCGUACGUCACGAAGGACCUGCUUCAGUCCAAGAGAUUCCAGGCACAGUCUCUGGGCACGACCUACGUGUACGACUUCCCCGAAAUGUUCAGGCAGGCUCUCUUCAAGCUCUGGGGCUGUACAGAGAGCUGUUCCAAAGAUGUCCUCACCUACACCGAGUUAGUGUUGGAUUCCCAGGGGCAGCUGGUACAGAUGAACAGACUCCCUGGUGGAAAUAAGGUGGGGAUGGUGGCUUUCAAAAUGAAGCUGAAAACCCCCGAGUAUCCGAGCGGCCGGGACAUCAUCGUCAUAAGCAAUGACAUCACACACAAGAUUGGCUCCUUCGGACUCAUGGAGGACCUCCUCUUCCUGAGAGCGUCGGAGUUGGCCCGUGCAGAGGGCAUCCCCCGCGUCUACAUUGCGGCGAACAGCGGGGCACGGAUGGGGCUCGCCGAGGAGCUAAAGUACAUAUUCCAGGUGGCGUGGGUGGACCCUGCCGACCCCAACAAGGGGUUCAAGUACCUGUACCUGACCCCGCAGGACUACACGAGGAUCAGCUCCAUGAACUCAGUGCACUGUGAGCAUGUGGAGGAAGGAGGAGAGUCCAGGUACAUCCUCACAGAUAUCAUUGGCAAAGAGGAAGGACUGGGUGUGGAGAACCUGCGAGCUGCUGGCACCAUUGCUGGGGAGAGCUCUCGUGCAUACGAUGAAAUUGUGACCAUUAGCAUGGUGACCUGUCGUGCCAUAGGAAUUGGUGCUUAUUUGACGAGGCUGGGCCAGCGAGUCAUACAGGUGGAGAAUUCCUACAUCAUUCUCACUGGAACCAAGGCUUUGAAUAAGGUCCUGGGGCGUGAAGUCUACACAUCCAAUAACCAGCUGGGAGGUGUGCACAUCAUGUAUAAUAAUGGUGUUUCCCAUGUCACUGUCCCGGAUGACUUCGAGGGGGUCUAUACUGUCUUACAGUGGCUUUCAUACAUGCCAAAGGACAAUCACAGCCCAGUGCCUGCUACCGCCAUAAGUGACCCCAUAGAAAGAGAGAUUGAUUUUGUCCCUACCAAAGCCCCCUACGACCCCAGAUGGAUGCUGGCUGGAAGACCCCAUCCAACAGUCAAGGGGACCUGGCAGAGCGGCUUCUUUGAUCACGGCUCGUUCAUGGAGAUCAUGAAGCCCUGGGCACAGACUGUCGUCACUGGCAGAGCAAGGCUGGGAGGGAUUCCCGUCGGUGUGAUUGCUGUGGAGACCCGGAGUGUAGAGCUUACGAUACCCGCUGACCCGGCCAACCUGGACUCCGAAGUAAAGAUAGUCCAGCAAGCCGGGCAAGUCUGGUUCUCGGAUUCCUCCUUCAAAACUACCCAGGCUAUGAAAGACUUCAACCGAGAGCACCUCCCCCUCCUGAUCUUUGGAAACUGGCGGGGGUUCGCUGGCGGCAUGAAAGACAUGUACGAUCAAAUACUGAAGUUUGGGGCUCACAUUGUCGACUGCGUCAGACAGUUCAAGCAGCCUGUCCUUAUCUACAUCCCCCCGCAUGGUGAGCUCAGAGGAGGGUCUUGGGGGGUGCUCGACCCGACUAUCAACCCUCUGUACAUGGAGCUUUAUGCCGACAAGGAGAGCAGGGGAGGCAUUUUAGAAGCUGAGGGAACCGUGGAAAUUAAGUACCGAAGGAAAGAUUUGGUAAAGACUAUGAGAAGACUUGAUGCAGUUUACGGCAGACUUGUUGAACAGUUGGGGACCCCUACGCUCUCCGAACCGGAGCGCAAGGAGCUGGAGAAGCAGCUGAGGGCCCGAGAGGAGCUGCUCUUGCCCAUCUACCACCAGGUGGCGGUGCACUUUGCUGACCUUCAUGACACGCCGGGGAAGAUGCAAGAAAGAGGCGUUAUCACAGAUAUCCUGGAAUGGAAGAAUUCCCGCUCAUUCUUAUACUGGCGUCUGCGGCGCCUGCUGCUGGAGGAGGUGGUGAAAGCAGAGAUCCUGGAGGCGAACAGCGAGCUCAGCCACAUCCACAUCCAGUCCAUGCUGCGCCGGUGGUUCAUGGAGAUGGAAGGGGCGGCGAAGGGCUAUCUCUGGGACAACAACCAGGUGGUGGUAGAAUGGCUGGAGAAGCAGUUGCAGGAAGAGGACGGCAUCCGAUCAGCCAUUCAGGAAAACAUCAAGUACUUGAAACGCGAUUAUGCCCUCAAACAUGUCCAGAGUGUGGUGCAAGCGAACCCCGAGAUCACCAUGGACUGCAUCAUCCACAUGACCCAGCACAUCAGCCAAGCUCAGCAGGCCCAGCUCGCUCGGCUCUUUUCCACAAUAGAGAACCCCAACUCCCCCUGACCAAGGGGCUGCAGGGGCAGUCACUGUCGGGGGAGAGGAAGUGCACAACGAUAAGCUGCUCCUUCAAGACCAGAUACUGUCUUCAACCCUAGUGCUGAAGUCCCAGACUCCGACUGCGUGCCUACCUAAAGGGUGCUGGUAUUGCAUUGUAUACCACUAAGACAGACUUUUUUUCCAAACGUGUGUGCACACUGUAUUCGUGGGCAUCAUUUAAGAAAAAUAAUCCAUUGCAGUGGCAUCUUUUUGCAGAAUUUGAAUUCCCCCCAGAUCCGCUGGUGUCCCCAGCAUGUGGCUGCUGCUUCAUCCAGGCUCCCAGUUCAUUUUAGAAACAAAUUGGGAAUCUUUUAAAUUUGUUUCUGGUAAGCGCAGUUUGUGAUCCUUAAAAGUUCAGAUGCACUUAGCUGCAAAGAAUGGAUGGAGCUGGGAAUAGAGAUCCAAUUCUGUAUAUGUAUAAAGUACCUGAAAGGGAAAUAUUUUUGUACUAGCAUUUCACAUUGGCGACCACCCAUUAGCGUAAGGAAACCUCCUAAGCUUUAACUAAUGGUAUCAAAUGGGGUGUUGCAAAUGAUCAAACUCAACCACUCAGAAGCCACUGGGGAGUCGUGGCAGUGAUUCCUAAAUGAUUACCAGGCCAUAGCCAAAGACUUCCAGGAAGAUUUCAAGAGCCAUAUGUUUUCAACCUGCCUUUUGCUUUUGUUUGGAGUCCGGGCCUUUUUUUUUUUUUAAGUCUCAUGUGGGAUCUUGGGUUUGUUCCAGUGUCCCCCCUCAGUCAACUUCCCACGAACACAGGUGCCUUAUUUUUUUACAUGAAUUCAAGUAUUCCAUUCCCAAACGUUGUACUGCAAUAAAAGCAGCGGGCAGAUCAUAGGAAGGUCUUGGCUGGGUUUUCUAUU